UAUAAUCAUCAUUCAUCACAGUCUCGACGUCUUCCGCCGCUGCCAUGGCUAAAUCAGCAGCUCUCCCCCUGCUUUUGACUUUCUUCCUAUUUUCUCAAGUCAACAUUGCAAUAUCAAACCCUGCCGCUGGCGCCGCGCCACAGCCAAUCAACAUAUUAGCCAUUCUUCAAAAAGCUGGCCGAUUUUCAACAUUCAUUCGUCUCCUCAAUCAAACACAACUAGCCAGCCAAAUCAACAACCACGUCAACGCGAACUCCUACGGAGGCCUCACCGUCUUUGCUGCGACCGAUACCGCCUUCCGAAACCUCCCCGCCGGAACACUCAACGGUCUCACCACUCAAGAACUAGUCCAAUUAGUACUGUAUCACAUUGUUCCCAGAUUCUACACCAUCAAAACCCUUGCAACAACGAGGAGCCCUGUUAGGACUCAAGCUACCGGCCGCGGCGGCCGGAUUUUGGUUCUCUAUUUCUCCGGCAAGGCGAACCAAAAGCAAGUGAAUGUGUCAACGGGGGUGGUUCGAACUACAAUCUAUAAACCGUUGACCACGCGUUCUCCUUUGGCUGUUUAUCAACUGGAUAAGGUGCUGUGGACUUCACAAUUCGGACUUUCCAAAGAGUUUUAGGCGCAAUGAGAUUGAGGUGCUGCCUAUUUCGGG